AUGGCAGAACCGAAUUACCAUGUUGUCCCCUCCGCAUCAAUCUAUUUCCCGGAAAUGACUAGCUGCUUACCAGUUGGCGACGACACAUCGUUCCCAGGAAAUGACGGCUCAUACAUCCCUACUUCUGGCGUGGCGCCUACAGAUUUGACCUUCAUUCACCCUCUGGGACCUUGUGAUUCCGACACAUCAAGCCCUUCUUCUGGACCGUUGGCGAAGCCCUUUUCACCUCCAAUGACUGAGGCUGAAAUAGCGCAAGCUGAAUUGUAUCAUACCACAGGAAUAGAUUCAGGAAUGGCCCAUCUCUCGUGCUAUCCAGACCAAUGGGUAAUGCAACUACCACCAACACCUCCAGCUGAUCCAAUGUUUGAGAUACCGGAUUUGUUCGAUACUGGAAGAACGGAUUCCUUGGCCUUUGAACCGCUACCGGAGCCUGCCACAGAAUGUGAAUACCUUGGUGUUUCCAAACUCCAGUUCUCGAGGGCUCCAAUUAAGCAUUCUAACCCACGGCCUAUUCGAUCGGCAUCUGAACGGAGUCCACCUAGUUCUGCGACAGGAUCUCCCAAGGAACGUCACAUGGAACGAUCUAAACACAAUCCGAGGAAUGAUCCCAGGUACGACGUCAAGCCCGACAAGGAUGGAAACUACCACUGCCCAUAUGCCGCCGACAACUGCAAUCACAAGCCAACCAAGCAGAAAUGCAUCUAUGCCAAGAACCUGGACUCUCACCUGAAACCCUACACCUGCAAAUUUGGGGAUAGGGAUGAAAACUGCCGGCCUCUUCGCUUCUCUUCUAAUGCUUGCUUGUUUCGACACGAACGUGAAAUGCACGGAUUACACAACCAUGGAAUCAACCCUUAUCUCUGCAAAUUCGAAGGAUGUGAACGAGCUCGCCGUGACAAUGGCUUUCCACGACGCUGGAACCAACGUGAUCACAUGAAACGUGUUCACGGCUGGGAAGAGCCAGAAAAUGAUGAAAUAGCCGAUAGAGGCUACACUGAUCCUUCACGGAGAAGGAAAGGGCCUGGUGCCUCAACCUCUGUUGCAAUGAAACGGAACAGCUCUGCCAGAGCUCAUCCAUAUCUCCCAGGACACUCAAGGAAUGUCAGCGCGCCGCGCUAUCACCCCCAGCUCCGAAGGGACGUUCAGACCCAGAACAUCAUGAUGCCAGGCAUGACCGUUGACCACAGCCACUAUGGACCCAUGGUGACUCAAUCAUUUGAACCUGGAAUGUAUCUUCAAUCCGUGUAUUGA